CAGGUAAAACCGUAAAAGAGUCAAAGCGGCUUUUCGUUCUUCACUCUUCAGUAAUUCCUUGCUGUGCUGCGAAAGUCUUGAGAUCGUCUCUCAUAUCGCAAACCCUUAACGUGACUGCGUUUCGGUUACUGGUCUUACUCCACAAGCUCAUUAUUCGAAUCUGUUUAAUGGCUGAAUCAUCAGUUGCCAAAGAAUUCAUGGAUAUGAAUAGUGGGGGAGAGAAAUUAUCUAACGGAUCGAAAAUGAUGGAUCUAGAUGAUUAUGACGACGACGAUGAUGAUAUUGGCUAUUCCAUCCUAAGUGAUUUGGGAGAACAGACUUUGACGGCAUUCUGUAGAAAGGCAGCAGCGUCAUUUUUUGAUGAGUACGGUCUGAUCAGUCAUCAGAUCAACUCCUACAAUGACUUCAUCAACAAUAGUCUUCAGAGUGUCUUUGAUUCCUUUGGCGAUAUCAUAGUCCAGCCUGGAUAUGACCCAUCAAAGAAAGGGGAGAACGAAUGGAGGCAUGCUUCUGUGAGCUUUGGAAAGGUCACCCUUGAUCGGCCAAGCUUCUGGGCCGGAACAGAAGGGAAUGAGCUAAAAAUGCUUCCCAGACACGCAAGACUACAGAAUAUGACCUAUUCAUCGAAGAUGAAAGUGGAAGUUCGUGUGCAGGUAUAUACAGAAAAGCUCGUUAGAAGUGAUAAAUUUAAAACUGGAAAGGAGCAAUAUCUUGAAAGGCAUGUUCUCAGUGAUGACACCACAAAUAUUAUAAUUGGGAGGAUUCCUGUGAUGGUGAAUUCUGAACUUUGUUGGAUGAAAGAUGCCGAGAAAGCUGAUUGUGAUUUUGAUCAUGGAGGCUAUUUCUUGAUCAAGGGUGCUGAGAAGGUAUUUAUAGCACAAGAGCAAAGUUGUUUAACACGACUUUGGAUCUCAAACAUUCAGGGCUGGACAGUGGCAUAUAGGUCAGAGUUCAAGAGAAACAGAUUGAUUGUUCGAAUAGUAGAAAUUCCCGAAAUUGAAAAUAUUAAAGGAGGAAAGAAAGUCCUCAAUGUAUAUUUUUUGUCGACGGAGAUCCCUUUAUGGAUACUGUUUUUUGCUCUGGGGGUCUCAUCAGACCGAGAAGUUGUCGAUUUGAUCGACUUUAAAAGUGAAGAUGCCAACGUAGUGAAUUUACUCUUUGCGUCUAUAUAUGAUGCUGAUAAGAACUGUGAUGACUUCCGUAGAGAGAAGAAAGCUCUUAACCAUGUUGAGAAGCUGAUAAAAGGUACCCAAUUUCCACCCGUGGAGAGUAUUGAGGAGUGUAUUAAUAUGUAUCUAUUUCCAAACCUCCGUGGCUUAAGACAGAAGGCUUGCUUUCUUGGAUAUGUGGUUAAGUGUCUAUUACAGGCCCGUACUGGCUUAAGAAAAUGUGAUAACAGAGAUAGUUUUAGAAACAAGAGGUUGGAUUUAUCUUGUGAGUUGCUCAAAAGGGAGCUGAAAUUGCAUAUUGGACAUGCACAGAAACGCAUGGUAAAGGCUUUGCAGAGAGACCUUUAUGGAGAUCGUAUGGUACGACCUAUUGAACACUAUCUGGAUGCAUCCAUCAUCACCAAUGGUCUCUCGAGAGCAUUCUCAACUGGAGCAUGGUCACAUCCCUUUAAGAGGAUGGAAAGAAUUUCUGGUGUUGUGGCAAAUGUUGGUCGUGCAAAUCCAUUGCAAACAAUGGUUGGUUCAAGGAAAACGCGACAGCAGGUUCUGUACACAGGAAAGGUUGGGGAUGCCAGAUAUCCACACCCAUCUCAUUGGGGUAAAGUUUGUUUUCUCUCAACCCCAGAUGGUGAAAAUUGUGGGCUUGUGAAAAAUAUGUCCAUGACAGGACUUGUUAGCACAAGCAUAUUGGAGCCUCUAGUUGAGAAACUAUUUGAAUCUGGAAUGGAUAAACUGGUAGAGGAUGAUUUUGCUUCGCUGCAUGGAAAGGAUAAAGUUUUUCUAAAUGGGGAUUGGGUUGGAGUUUGUAAAGACUCCCAUUCGUUUGUUGCUGAGCUAAGAAGUAAGAGGCGCAGGAAGGAGCUGCCACAUCAGAUUGAAAUUAAAAGAGAUGAACAGCAGCAAGAAGUACGCAUAUUCUCUGAUGCUGGAAGGAUCCUACGUCCUCUUUUGGUUGUCGAGAAUUUGAACAAGAUAAAAUCCUUUAAAGGUGAAAACUACACGUUCCAGAAUCUUAUGGACAGGGGGAUAGUGGAGCUUGUUGGGCCUGAAGAGGAAGAGGAUUGUCUUACUGCAUGGAGCAUUAAGCACCUGUUGAUGGAAGUUGAGAAGCAAACGAUCAAGUAUACCCACUGUGAACUUGAUAUGUCAUUUCUAUUAGGUUUGAGUUGUGGGAUUAUUCCAUUUGCAAAUCAUGAUCAUGCGAGGAGGGUGCUUUACCAAGCUCAGAAGCAUUCUCAACAGGCUAUUGGAUUUUCGACAACGAAUCCUAACAUUAGGGUGGAUGCUUUGUCUCACCAAUUACACUAUCCCCAAAGGCCCCUUUUUCGAACUGUGGCCUCUGAUUGUCUUGGAAAGCCAGGAUAUCCACUUGGUCAUAAUGGAAUAAUGCCAAAGCCAGAGUACUUCAAUGGCCAGAAUGCAAUUGUUGCAGUGAAUGUUCACUUGGGAUACAACCAGGAGGAUUCUCUGGUAAUGAAUCGAGCAUCAUUACAGCGUGGUAUGUUCCGAUCUGAGCACAUCAGAAGUUACAAGGCCGAUGUUGACAAUAAGGAACUAUCAGAAAAGAGGAAAAAUAUUGAGGAUUCUGUGAAUUUUGGAAAGAUAGAAAGUAAAAUUGGACGUGUUGAUAGCCUGGAUGAUGAUGGAUUUCCUUCCAUUGGUGCUAACCUGCAAAGUGGUGAUAUUAUAAUUGGCAGGUUUGCAGAAUCUGGUGCUGAUCAUAGUAUCAAACUUAAGCACACAGAGAGGGGUAUGGUUCAGAAAGUAGUAUUAUCUUCUAAUGAUGAUGGAAAGAAUUUUGCUGUAGUAUCUUUGAGACAGGUUCGUUCCCCAACUCUUGGAGACAAGUUUUCAAGUAUGCAUGGUCAGAAAGGUGUGCUAGGAUUUUUAGAUCAUCAAGAGAACUUUCCUUUCACCAUACAAGGGAUAGUUCCAGAUAUUGUGAUAAAUCCACAUGCAUUUCCUUCACGGCAAACUCCUGGUCAACUAUUAGAGGCUGCUCUAGGGAAAGGGAUAGCUUGUGGAGGGUCAAUGAGAUAUGCCACUCCCUUCUCCGCCCUUUCUGUUGAUGCCAUCUCAGAACAGCUUCACAGGGCUGGAUUUUCAAGAUGGGGAAAAGAAAGAGUUUAUAGUGGCCGAACUGGGGAAAUGAUUCGUUCACUCAUAUUUAUGGGCCCCACAUUCUACCAGCGUUUGGUCCACAUGGCUGAAGACAAAGUGAAAUUCCGCAACACAGGUCCAGUUCACCCGCUGACUCGACAGCCAGUUGCCGAUCGUAAGCGUUUUGGUGGGGUCAAGUUCGGUGAGAUGGAGCGGGACUGCCUCAUAGCCCAUGGUGCGUCAGCCAACUUACACGAGCGCUUAUUUACCCUCAGCGACUCUUCCCAAAUGCACAUUUGCCAGAACUGUAAGAGUGUUGCGAAUGUGAUUCAGCGAGCUGUGAGUAGCGGACGGAAAAUCAGAGGUCCUUACUGCCGUAUCUGUGAGUCAGCUGAUGAUAUUGUUAAGGCUAAUGUACCAUAUGGCGCGAAGUUGUUGUGCCAGGAGCUUUUUAGCAUGGGCAUUGGACUGAAGUUUGACACCGAGCUCUGCUGAUAAGAGCUGUGCUGGUUUCUACAAGUCUGCCAUAACUUUGUACGUAAAACUCAAUGUUCUAUGGUACGUGACCUAUCUAGUCAAGUAGUACUUCGUAUUAGAACUCAAUGUUCCCUGGUUAGUGAUCUAGUCAUCAACUCGCGCUCAGGGCUGAAUUAGUCAGCUGGAGAUCAAUGGAUGUUUCACUUUUUUGUAACUUCAUCUGGAUUUGCCUUGAAAUGGACUCUCGUUGGGGAUGCGCAUUCUUGCCUUAUUA